GUUUACACCAGGAGACCGGAAAUGGAGUCCGGCAACAUGGCAGAAAGAAAGGCAUGGUAGAAACAUGGAAGAUUUACAAUAAACGAUCGGGUUGAGAUGCGAUUUCAUAGCAGUGGGUAUUAAAACAGAAACCUAGUUGUCUCGUUUGUGUUGAAAUGUCCAAGCCUGCAUUGCUGUCUCUCCAUCAAGCGUUGAGGAAAGGCUUCCAGACUCUGGAGAGCAACCAGAAGCUGUGGAGGUCGGUGCUGGCGGAGUGCACGCCUCUCAUGGUGUCUCUGGGAAACUUAGCGGAGCAGCUGAGGGCGCUUUCCAGGGUCCAGCUGUCCAACACACCGCUCAGCGCCUUCCCCGACCUGCAGCAGUGUCUGCACUUCAAACUCGUACAGGCCACGGAUACAGUCCUGGGCAAACUCAGUGAGAAAAUGUCCUCUCUCCAGGCUGCAAGGGAUGCCAUCAGUAACCAGGUGUCCGGAGUCUUCCAGGUGUACGAGCAGAACAUGGACAGCCUGGAUCUGCUCACCUUGACCGAGCGCUCGGCCACAGCUCCAUCAGCUGCUGACAUGAUGGAGUGGCUGCAGGAUGCCGAGCGUCACUAUCGGCAUCAAUAUCUGAGGAGGAAAACUCUGCUGCAGACCUUCAGAGCCGAUGACCUCUCCCUGCUGGAGUCUGCUCCCAAGAGAUGGGAAUCCUUAGCGUCACCCAGUGCAGAGGACAGAAUCACAGAUACACUUUUCAAAGUGUCCCUCUUCAUGGAGACACAGUGAAGAGAGUAAAAUGGCUGAGAUUGAGAAGUUUGUCAAUCUGAUGGCCUUUUCUGUGAAGAAGCUGCCGAGAACACAAUUCAAACAAUAAGGAACAGAUGCACAUGUGUACAUUAAAUGGACAUUUUAACAUGUAAAUCGAGGAUGUAAAGAUGAAGACUGGAUUAUUUGGCCAGGAAAAAUGUCGCUGGAUCUGUUACACAUUUUUUGAUAGCUACAAAAUGUGUGCAUGUCCACGGAAAUUACAUUUUGAAGGAGAGCCUGAUUGAAAAUGUAUUUUUUCUUGGACCAGUACCAGCACAGAUAUUUUGGAGUAAAGAACUUCCAAUAGCAAUAUGCUGGCAGGAAAUUGUUUAUCCUCAAAAACAUAGCCAAGGCAAUCAUCAGAUUUGGUAAUUUAGUUGUCAAGUCAUGAAAUAAUUUUUUCAUCGUUUGUAAUAAUAAAAAAAAAAAAGUACUGGAAGCUUGAUAUUUUGCAGUUGAACAGUAAACUUAAUGAAUUCUGGACACGAUC